AUGAGGUCCUGUCCCUGGCGAUUCAGUCCCCUGGGCCAAAGUGUCCGGUGGCCCUUGCUCUUGGCUGUGUUGAUCUUCUUGCUCUACACUCUGCCCUCCUUUAUUAAGGAACCUAGCACAAAGCCUUCCAGGUAUCAAUAUGUAAAGAAUAUUGGAGAAACAUCUGGGGAUUUGCUACAAAAGGCUUUGUCCCAGACACCCAUCCUGGGACAGAGAACAAGUGUCCACGCAGAGGCAGUGCAAGGGAAUGGUGCCCUGGACAUACAGCCCAAGCCCACAGGCCACACCUCUGGAGCAAGCAGGAAAGCAGAGGCCAGCCAGGCACAGUGGCAGGAAGGGGGCAGCAUGCCCAACACAGCAACAAGAGCAGUGCUGAAGAGACAGGAAAAAGAGAGAACUGUGGUAGACACACAGCCACCAAGAGGCCAGGACAAGGAGAUGGCCUCUGUUAGGUCAAAGGAACUAGCACGACAAAGUCAGGACAUGAAGACAAGCAGAGAAAGAAAGGACCAGCAGGGGACACUGACAACCAUAAGGACAGUGUCGGCAAAGCAUCAGGUGAAAGCAGCAACUACAGCAAAGGCGCUCACUACAGAAAGUCAGAAGAAAAUGUUGACCACGGCAGGGGCAGUGUCAACAAGGAUGAGAAAGAAAGCAAUGACCACAGCAGCUGUCACAGUCAAGGAGAAGAAGGUCCAGGCCACCCCACCCCCUGCCCCUUUCCCAAGCCCCACCACACCAAGAAGCCAAGCACUGAAGGCUGCCAACUUCAAGUCUGAGCCUCGGUGGGAUUUUGAGGAACAAUAUAACUUGGAUGUGGGGGGCCUACAGACGACCUGCCCUGACUCUGUGAAGGUCAAAGCCUCCAAGUCACCAUGGCUCAAGAAUCUUUUUCUACCCAACCUAACUCUCUUCCUGGACUCCAGACAUUUCAACCAGAGUGAGUGGAAUCGCCUGGAGCACUUCGCCCCACCUUUUGGCUUCAUGGAACUCAAUCACUCCUUGGUGCAGAAGGUGGUGACACACUUCCCUCCAGUGCCCCAGCAGCAGCUGCUCCUGGCCAGCCUCCCUCCUGGCAGCUCCCAAUGCGUCACCUGUGCCGUGGUGGGUAACGGGGGCAUUCUGAACGACUCCCGUGUGGGCCGGGACAUAGACAGUCAUGACUAUGUGUUCAGACUGAGUGGAGCUGUCAUUAAAGGCUACGAGCAGGACGUGGGCACCCGGACAUCCUUCUACGGCUUUACCGCCUUCUCCCUGACCCAGUCACUUCUCAUUUUGGGCAGGCGGGGGUUCCAGCAUGUGCCUCUGGGGAAGGACGUCCGCUACCUACACUUCUUGGAAGGCACCCGGGACUAUGAGUGGCUGGAGGCAAUGCUUCUGAAUCAGACCCUGGCGAAAAAGAACCUUUUCUGGUUCAGGCGCAGGCCGCAGGAAGCUUUUCAAGAAGCAUUGAAAUUGGACAGAUACCUGUUGCUACACCCAGACUUUCUCCGCUACAUGAAGAACAGGUUUCUGAGGUCAAAGACCCUGACCACUACCCACUGGAGGAUAUACCGCCCCACCACUGGUGCCCUCCUGUUGCUCACUGCCCUUCAUCUCUGUGACAAGGUGAGUGCCUAUGGCUUCAUCACCGAGGGCUACGAGCGCUUUUCUGAUCACUACUAUGAUCAAUCAUGGAAACGACUGAUCUUUUACAUAAACCAUGACUUCGCAUUAGAGAGAACAGUCUGGAAGCGGCUACAUGAUGAGGGUAUCAUCUGGCUGUACCAGCGCCCCCAAACUGCCAAAGCAAAGGACUGA